CGGUCACUGUGCCUUCAUUCACCACCUAUUCCACCUCGUCACUUCUGCUGUGAAUUUGUCUUCUUUCACAUACGGUAAUCGCGGCAUACUCGUAUUACUACUUGACCUACACCCUUAUCUGCCCAAACAACCUACAUCACCCGCCGCGAACUCCACCAAACUCUACGUAAUCACAAAGGCAACCACAUCUGCCAACCCUUCUACAACACCCCCUCUCGCCCUCCCACACAUAAUCACGAUGGCAACACCUGCAGCAACCAAGCGCCUUACAAAAGAAUACGCUUCUAUCACCAAAUCCCCACCACCCUACAUCGUCGCCCACCCCUCCGAAAAGAACAUCCUUGAGUGGCACUACAUUCUCACCGGGCCACCCGACACGCCCUAUGACGGUGGCCAGUACUGGGGUACCCUCAUGUUCCCGCCGGACUACCCUUUCGCGCCGCCCGCAAUACGCAUGCACACUCCAUCCGGCCGCUUCCAGCCUUCCACACGACUCUGCUUGAGCAUAAGCGAUUUCCAUCCGAAGAGUUUCAACCCGGCGUGGGAGGUCAGCACAAUACUGACGGGCUUGCUAAGCUUCAUGACAAGUGAGGAGAUGACGACGGGAUCUGUUAGGGCGAGUGAGCAGGAGAGGAAACUGUUUGCACAGAGGACGAGGUGGUGGAAUAGCACUGGCGGUGGAUCAAAGCAGAUGAGUACACAGUCGUCGAACUCAAGGGGCAUAGGAGGCAUCAAGGCUGGCGACGGGGGUGCGAAGUUCAGGCUUGAGUGGCCGGAGACGGACGAGGAGAACCUCCAGUGGAUGAAGGAGAAGCGCAUUGACUCUGCAACGGGACUGCCGCGGCCAGUACAGAGCUCAUCACAACUACAUUGUUCGCCUGAGGUUGCUGGCUUGAGGCGUAGACCUGGUGCGAGUGCAACGGUGGUUCACGAUGCGGCGCAAAUAGCACGCGAUGCGGGACAAGGCUGGCUGAGCCGCAACAAGUGGAAGAUGGUCCUCGGAGCGAUGAUGAUGUACAUAUUGGUCGCGAGGGUGCUGGGCGAUGGCGCUGUGUCAAUGUCCACUUAGCUGCGCGUUCGAUCAGCGACAUGGUGGUGCACUUGUAAUUCAUGAUAUACGUAUCGAGAGGCAAACAGCCAGACGGGAUUCAUUGAGGCGUUGGGCGCUGGACAUACCCCAUUUUAGGAGACGAUCAGAUCGAACCAUAGGUUGUGAUACUCAACAUAUGCUUUAAUACAAACACAUUGGAGGUAUACCAGAUUCUCACACAAUUCUAAAUCAGGUC